AUGAAAGUUCCCUCAUUCACACACUCAUUUGCCUUUCUCGCAUUGUCGCUCAUUACUUUCCAGCUCCCUUUCGUUGCGUCGAUUGAUUCGAAUGCCGCUGCUCGUCUGCAACCUCGUCUUGAUGACGGGGCUCCUGCCCAAGCCUUAGCUGCAAAACGCAGGAGGAAGUGCUCUCAUUCUCGUAUUUGUGACCUUGCCUCAGCCACCGGAUCCGUGUAUGGCUAUCCUGGAAACAACGCCUCUACUUUAGCCUACCAGCUCCCCUAUUCCCGAACUGCAAGCACCCUGCCCAGUCAAGGAAACCCAAAUAUACCCUCGCAGCAACCCGCGGGCCAAGGACCAACUUCUGGAUCCCCAUCAACUGGGAAUGGCGCUCCUGGUGGUCUCGAAAACGGCAGUUCUGGCUCACCUGUAGCCGGAAGCGGUAACGCUGGGGGCUCGCCAGGGAUCUGCCCAUUGCAGUCAACAGUGACAAUCACCACUCAGUACACUGUCACUGUGACACAAGCUGCGGCAGUAGCUACGACAGCUGGUCCAGCAGGCCUGUUGCAAAAGGGGUCGACUGUCAAUGGCUCAACAGGUCCCGGCUGCCUGGCACAGAACGGGUCAGGCAACGGCUCGAAUGGCUCUGCUAACCCAUUGGGAAAUGGCGUCUCUGCAAGCGGCUCAACUGGUCCUAAACGUACGAAGUGCAGCAAAGCAAAUGCCUCUGGUACGCCCGUUGCUAGUGCAUCUGCCGUUUUGGGAGGUCUCUACGGCAAUGGCACGCUUCAAGGUUCAAAGUACCCCACUGCUGCGAACGCUUCUUCACCUUUGGGCUCAGGUACGAGCAGCAACCCUACUGUGUCCCUGCCUAGAUCCAAUACUAUAGUAGAGACGAACGACACCACAGAUGCCAAUCUUCAGGGCGAGUUCUGGGCGGGAGGUACUAUAGGUACUCUGAUGCGAAUGGAAGCUAUCCCAGGCCGUGUCUUCUACGAUUAUGAUGGCGUCACCGUCAAGGACCCCAUCAAAACUCUUGCAGACUCAGGUUUCAAUGCUAUCCGGGUCGAGACCUCUCGUGACAUGAGUCUAGGGCCUACCGUAUUCACAAAUAAUGCAUCAACUCGUGGUGAAGAGUUGCUUUUCCAGCUUGAUUUUGGAGGUAUCGAUAUUGCGGUCAAGACUGCGCAACGGGCUGCAGCUCUGGGCAUGAGAAUUCAGCUCACCAUCAAUCAGGGUUUCACAAUACCUAAAGACCUCGAGUCUCUUGACUAUGACGGUAUGGUUGGCGCUGUUCAAGAAGAGGCAAUACGCCAACUCCAGCCCUUUCUUGAUGCCAAAAUUGUACCUGAUAUCAUCCUCUUCGAGAAUGAAGGUUCUGAUGGCUUCCUCUUUACUGAGGAGUCUACCGGCCAUGUUCGCGGUACUAAUGACGGCAAAGCCAGCGCGGCCAAAGUAGACCUUGAGAUGUGCGGCAAGAUUCCUACCGGCAACAUGGCUUCCUACCCGCAAUACGCGGGCUACCUCAAGGCCGAAGUCAUAGCCUGCAACGAGGCCAUCACGGCGUCAGGCUUUUCCACGGCCACAACCCGUUAUGGUCUUCACUCUCAUGUCCAAUAUGUCCAGUGGAAGGAAGCUUGUGUACAUGGUCCGAAUCCAUUAAGCCAGACUGAGCUGAAAGACUCCUCGGGUGCGACCUGCAGCAAUUCUGUCAUUCCUCGAAGCAUCCUCUCUCCAAAUGCCUCGGAGAUGCUUACCAUCAUGGGUUUCUCUUCAUAUCCAGACCCAAUGACACCAUCCGACAUCGACUCCGAACCCAGCAUGGCCGAUACCUUGACCCGACUGACCAAAACUCUCACUCAGUUGCAGGGUUACGCUGAAGCCUACGGCACAUACACUGACGGUCCAUGGGCGGGCCAGUACAAAUUACAAGGUCUGGGCGUUGAAUAUGCUACUAGCUUUACGUAUCAACAGAUUCCCCAGGAGCAGUCUCUUACGGAGUUGAUGUGGAAGACAGUGAAGCCUUUCUCCGCUUUUAUGGGAAUGUUGUGGUAUGAGCCAUGGUACUGUUAUUCUGAUUGGGAAGGCGGACGUGGCACACUCUGUCAUACACUGGAUGGGAAUAGCGAGGCACCGACGAAUACCAUGAAGACGUUUGGAGCAGCUGCUAUCUCGCCUUGGAAGAAGUGA